CAGGGAGGGGCUCGGUCGGCGUCGCCGGCGGCUCCGGGCCGCUCUCCCCCGCCCCCCUCCCCCCCCUUCCCCUCUCCCCCUUCCUCUGUCCCGCUCCCGCCGCCCCCCGCCAUGGGCACCACCGGCUCCAAGUCGAGGGGGCUGUGGCCUUUCGCCUCCCCAGCGGCGGGUGGCGGCGGCGCUGACGGUCCCGGCGGGCAGCAGGCCCUGGCCCGGGCGCGGGCCGCGCGGGCCGCUACGCCCUUCGUCUUCACACGGCGAGGCUCCAUGUACUACGAUGAGGAUGGGGAUCUCGCACACGAGUUCUACGAGGAGACAAUCGUUACCAAGAACGGGAGGAAGCGUGCGAAGCUGAAGAGGAUCCACAAGAACCUGAUACCUCAGGGCAUAGUCAAACUAGAGCACCCUCGCAUUCACGUGGAUUUCCCAGUGAUCAUCUGCGAGGUGUGAGUCGACGGAGGUUGCUGCCCCUGGCUGGGAGGCCCUGCCUGCCCCGCUGCCCCCAGCCUCACCAGGCCAGGCUGCCUUGUGUUCCCACCCCAGGAGGACUCUGGGUGCGUGGCAGGGACAGUGGCUUUCCCCUCACCCAGAGGUGAGGUGGGACGGAACCGGCCGGGCUGGGCUUGGCUUAACACUCCUCGCAGGAGAUGGGUGACCUUGUGCAGCGACUGCUUGAAAAACACCUUUGCUUGAGUCAGAAGACUUAAAAUACCUUUUGUAGCCUCUAGCCGACAUUUUGAUGGGUAACUGGAACUGCAGACGAGCUGCUUUGUGGGAACUGGUAAAGGGAGAGCGAGCCUGCACUUCUCACCAGAGGAUAUCCCCUGCUUCUCAGGUACGCGGCCCAGGGUGAGCCAGGGUAAGGUGAUGUGCUGCCUGGAGUCCCUCGGGCCCAGUGGAGAGAUGGCCAGUGUUGCAGCCUGGCACUUGACAUGGGGGUUUUGUGCUGCUGCCCUGGGCAGGUCUGUUGAUGGAGGAUGAAGGCUGAGGGGGUUCCAUCUCAAAGCACACUUGGCUGCUGCUGCGCUUCUCUCAGGACGGGGACAGAGAUCAGAUGCCACUCUCAUGGACCUCAGUCUCUCCCUUCCGUGUGUUUCCCACUCAUCCCAGCACUGGGGACUUUGGCUUUGCUGCUGCCCACAGUCCCUCAGCAUGCAGAUCUCUGCAGCCCGUGGCUGCUGCUGGUGGCAGUAAGGUCCCCAGCUCUGCAGCAGACUUGCUCCUACCAAGCGCUGUCCCUUACCUGCUGCAGGGCCGAGCUGCAGGGCAUGGUGUCUCCUCAUAAUGUCCUUGUCCCCCAGUGCCACCUUGGAUGUACCUGCUGGCGGGGUGAACCUUGACAGCACUGACCAGGAAGGAAAUCAUCACUUCCCUCACUGUCCCCUGAAUCAAUUGGUGUGCCCGGCUUGGAAAUCUCCCUGGCGAUGUGAUCUAUGGUUCCUCCCGCAUCCCAGCUGGUGGCAGGAGGAGAAACACGAUGCACUUUAAAGGAAGGCUCUCUGUUCUGUCUGGGAAGGUUCUGCUCUUUUCUCCUCUUUCCGCCUGCUUGAGAAGGUCAGGCUUGCCUUGCAGAAACCUGAAACCUCUCUCCUCUGUGUUUGAGCCCCAGGACACCGAGCCAGUUGCCCCAGGGCCCGGAAAGGGCCUAACCUGCUCCACCCUUGCCAGUGCUGGGAGCCAUGGCCUCCCUGCUCGGCUGUCCAGGAGCAGGCAGGUGGAGGUGGUCUGGCCAUGGGGCACGGGCACAGCUUUAAACUGGGUCAGAGCCUGCUCCCCAUGGCAGCCACCUUGGCUUUCCUCCUCUUUCGUUCCAGAACUUAUUUACUUUCAAAGCACUUCAGAUGUUUGCUACCUCGAUUUUUAAUUUAAGCCACUGGCACUUGGCCGCCAGCCCUGUCGGUGUCUACGUUGGAUGUAUCCAUCCCCACGCCCACCCAGAGCCGCCUGGGCGCGGGGCCACAUUCCCGGCUUCGGGGAGAUACGGGCGGCGUGGCUGUUGCCGUCUUCCUGUCACCACCUCUUCCCUCCGUGUCCCCUCACCCGCUGUUCCCAUCGGCAGGCGCGAGCAGGGAGGGUGAAGUGGACGUGCUGGCAGGGAAGCCGGCAGGGCCGGGCAGGGCUGAGCUCGCCUACACUGUGAUGCUGGGCGCUCCUUUCCACGUCUUUUGUUCUGCUUGCUUGAAAAGAGUCUUGUCUUGAAACAAUCCCCCACUGAAGUGUUUCUUACUUGCACCACCGGCUCUCAAAUUCCUCCUGGGCUGGAUCUCCCUGGGAAGGGGUCCCCACAGGAGAGCAGGAGCUGCUGUCCCCCAGGAAGAGGAGAGGAGAGAAAGCCGUGGCUGGGCUGCCUGGCCCUGCUGCUGUCCAAGGGCUCAGGAGGCUGCACUGAGCCCACCUCGGGUACCAGAGAAGGCAGAGAAGGAGCAGAGAGGAGGUGGGUGCUGUUUGCCUGCCCUGACUGGGAGCCCCUUGCCUGGCUGCUGGCCAGAAAUCUGCUGACAAGGCACAGCCUGAACCCCGGGGGGACAGAGACGGGAACCAGCUUAGUGAGGAUGCUUUUGUCCUCCCUGACAAGCUGCCUGCCCUUCCCCCAGCGUGUCAAACAUGCUUCCCCCAAAAAAAAGACUUCUCCCACCCUGCCGUGUCACCAGAGCAGCAGGGAACCUCUGCAGACUGCCAACAAGUUGUGUCCUGUCCCUCUGCUUCCCAGGCUGGUCCCCGAGCAGCCAGACUCCCAGACCCCUCCCUUACACUGCAGCAGCAGGGCCUUAGGAGGGCCCAGAGGGAUCUUAAAAUGUGAAGGUCACUGUAAAUAGUAUCUAUGUCCACUGUGGUGUUGGAGCAAGCGAAAAAACAAAAAGGAAAGUUUUUUCCUUUUGAUUUUGUGUUGGGAUUUUUUGUAUGAUUUCUGUGCGACAUUGUGCUUUCUUGUGUGGAUGUGUAGCUGAACCAUACUCACCAACACUAGGCUCCUUGCUCCUCUAGAGUACGGGUAGGACCCGUGGGGUUGGGAAACGUACACUAUUUAUGGUCCUUCUCCCAGUGCAUCUGUCCACUUUUGUUAAACUUCAAUAAAAUUAUUUGUAGAGCCCACAA